CGCUCGUUCUCUAGAUUCAGAAUCAGAUGAAACAGAAACAGAUGAAACAGAAUCAGAUGAAACAGAAACAGAUGAAAGAGGGACAGAAUCAGAGCCUGAGUCAGUCUGUACUUCUGAAGGUCAGGACCAGGCAAGUUCGCCCUCUACUUCCGAAGGUCCGGCUCGUUCGCCUCCUCCCAUUCCCUCAGAAGCUGAAGCGACAGCGUCGAGUACUGUAACUGGUGCGCCUGAUACAGGUUCAACGACACAACAAGGUACUGCUACUGUAUUUCCUGUCGCAGCGGAUGUGCCUGAUGCAGGUUCAGCAACACAAUAUCCUGCUACUGCUGUAUCCGCUCCCGACGUUGCAACGGGUGUCCCUGAUGUUGCAGGUUCAACGACACAACAAGGCACUGCUGCUGCUGUAGCCGCUGAAACAGCUCCAGCUUCACAAGUCCCCAGUUCAGGGCCUGAAGCAGGGUCAGCAACGGAAUAUACUCCUGGAUCCGCUGAUGUUGCAACGGUUGCUCCUGAUGUUGCAGGUUCAACGAUACAAGCUGCAACUAUAACUCCACUGCUGCCGGAGCAGACACUGCAAUCGCCACUAGAGACUCAGACCAGUGCUGCUGUUGCGCGAGCGAAUUCAGCGCCAGCGGGGCGCGGCUUGCAGCGGUAUCAACUAUCAAGGCCUCAAACUUCGUAUGCCAGCGGUAUCACGUGGACGAUGGACCUUUUCGGCGAUUGGCGAGGGCCAAAUGGUGAGUUUUGGCAUGGAUACGACUGACUUGUCGUUCUGAUGCCAGGAGACCAGACGAAGAUACUCGAAAACUGAAAAUAACCGAGUUAGUGGCUACUUACGCUGUUCUUCUCUCGGUGCAUCUAUCCUAAUUUCAAGUAGUUACUCGAUUAUUACAGUUUAUCGAAUAUAAAACGGCGCAUAAGACAGAGACGGCUGUAUUUUUCCUGGAAAAUUAAAAAAUCAAAUUUUUUUUAAAUUUUGACGAUCGUAAAGUGAAGGUGAACACAGUAAUCUAAGUUCAAUAAAUUUUUGACCACGAUAAGUAAGUGAUUAACAGAGAAAAUUAAAUCCUUCAUCAAGAGCAGUAAAAGGCUUGCUCUCAGGCAAGUUACCACUGGAAUCAGGAUUCCACACAUAGGUCUCAUUGAUUAUGCUUGUUCUUCCGUAAUGGCUCAACAACUUAUAUAUAAGGAGUACAUUCUCUACUUCUCCAUUCAUCUUCUAAUAUUUGUUCUAUGACAUAGACAUAAUGCUAGUGUUGCUUGUUGUUACAUAAUGCUGAUUUUCAAAAUGAAAAGUUUCGCCGAGUAGUGCUGCGCAGAGAAAGAAUAUUGAAGACGAUUGAUACCGCCAUACAGGCAACCGGCUUGUUUUUCUUUCGGAACAAACGCAUAAAACUCGGAUCAUUGAUUCCUUCACUCAUGCACAUGCGUCACCUUCGACUUUACCAGCAGGAGGAGCAAGGAAACUGAUCCGUUGACAUAGCGACAGGUGCAAUUCUUAUUUGUCUAACUAUCACAUGACUUUUGCACAAAGUCAGUAAAUUGAACCCACGCUGCC